AUGACGGCCCCGCGCCCGCCGCCGCCCACCCCCGCCCAGCAGCCCGCACCGGUGGCCCCGCCGCCGCCGCUGCCCGCGCCCGCGCAGAGGGCGCCCAGGGUGCUGCCGACCGCCGAGCAGCAGUGGCAGCAGGACAACGCAGCUGCGGCCGCCAUGGCGGCUGGCAACGAGAUGACGGAUCCCAGGCCGAAGCUGUUCUCCUCCCAAGACUUCCCAUCCCUGCCGCCCUGCAGCCCCGCCAAGCCCGCCGCCGGGGCGGCGGCUGCGGCGGCUGCGCGGCCGGCGGCGGCCGGGCCGGCCCGCAAGGUGGGGCCGGCGUCGCCGGCCGGCAAGGCGGGGCAAGCGGCGCCGACGGGGCCUGCGGCGCCCGCUGUGAUGGCGCCCUGGCUUAGGGUUAUAGUCACCAAGGACGUCGCACCUUGCGUCCUCGUGCCCCUGGCGCAGCUGCGCCUGCCCGCCGGCCGCCCGCCGUGCCCCGCGGCGCUCGAGGCGGCGCUGACGUUUGACAAGAGGGGGGGCGGCCCCAGGGAGCUGGUGCUGCUGGAGGGGGAGGGCGCGGUGGCGGCGCGGUUCGGCAGCGCGGACGCCGCCAGGGUCUGCCUGACCUUCCUCAACGGCGUCUACCUCAAGAAACUUCCAACCCUAAGCAAAGCUUAG